CGCGGCUGAGGGGUCGCGGUUCUCCUGGUGCCCGGGGCCAAGGCGGUCCCCAGUCGGAGCCUUCUGCUAGGGAAGCCGGGGAAAGGGUGUCACGACGUGCACCGAGCCGGGGCCGCGGGCGCGGGGGUUGGCGAGGGGAGCGUGGGGCCGGAGCGCGGGGCUUCCCGCCUCAGCCCGCGACCGUCCGCGGUCUCUUCCCGGGGUGGGCACUGAGGGUCCUCUCCUUGCCCUGCCCAGAAGGAACGAGGAUGAAUAUGACUCAAGCCCGUGUGCUGGUGGCCGCGGCGGUGGGGCUGGUGGUGGUCCUCCUCUACGCCUCCAUCCACAAGAUCGACGAGGGGCACCUAGCCGUGUACUACAGGGGAGGAGCUUUACUAACUAGUCCCAGUGGGCCAGGUUAUCAUAUCAUGCUGCCUUUCAUUACUACGUUCAGAUCUGUGCAGACGACACUACAAACAGAUGAAGUUAAAAAUGUGCCUUGUGGAACAAGUGGUGGAGUCAUGAUCUAUAUUGACCGAAUAGAAGUGGUUAAUAUGUUGGCUCCUUAUGCAGUGUUUGACAUUGUGAGGAACUACACUGCAGAUUAUGAUAAGACUUUAAUCUUCAAUAAAAUCCACCAUGAGCUGAACCAGUUUUGCAGUGCCCACACACUUCAAGAAGUUUACAUAGAAUUAUUUGAUCAAAUAGAUGAAAACCUGAAGCAGGCACUGCAGAAGGACUUAAAUGUCAUGGCCCCGGGUCUCACGAUCCAGGCUGUGCGUGUUACAAAACCCAAAAUCCCAGAAGCCAUAAGAAGAAAUUUUGAAUUAAUGGAAGCAGAAAAGACAAAACUUCUUAUAGCUGCACAGAAACAGAAGGUUGUUGAGAAAGAAGCUGAGACGGAGAGGAAAAGGGCAGUUAUAGAGGCAGAGAAGAUUGCACAAGUGGCAAAAAUUCGGUUUCAACAGAAGGUGAUGGAGAAAGAAACUGAAAAACGCAUUUCUGAGAUUGAAGAUGCUGCAUUCCUGGCCCGAGAGAAGGCGAAAGCAGAUGCUGAGUAUUAUGCUGCGCACAAAUACGCCACCUCAAACAAGCACAAACUGACCCCGGAAUAUCUGGAACUCAAGAAGUAUCAGGCCAUUGCUUCUAACAGUAAGAUCUACUUUGGCAGCAACAUCCCUAACAUGUUCGUGGACUCCUCUUGUGCUUUGAAAUAUUCCGAUGUUAGGACUGGAAAAGAAGGCUCCCUUCCCCCUGAGGAAACUCUUGAACCCUCUGGAGAGAGCCCCGUCCAAAACAAGGAGAACACAGGUUGAUGCAAGAGGUAGAAAUGCUCUCCCAUAUCAAAGUGUGACCCAAGGGGCUAAGUGGGAACAGUGGUUAUAUGGACUUUACAGAUUCACAGAGAAUUUGUGCUCUGUUGUGACUCUCUUGUCAUAGUCCUGGUUUGCCAGCUCGCUGCAGGAUAGGGCCAGCUGUCUGGCACUCAAAUGGUCUUUUCAGCCACAGUUUUAUCAAGUAUCCUGUCUGUGUUCCUCUGUAAACCGGUACUCAUGAGUGAGGGAAAGUGACGCUUAGAUACUGCCUGCACUGGAAUGUCAAACACUAUAUAACAAGCUGUGUUUUUUUUCAAAGCUGAGGUCUAUUGAAUAAUGUUUACAUUGGUCCCUGGGGACGUGUGCUUAAACAUUCAAGAGCUAGGAGGCCAGAGAAAAGACCACCAGAAAAUGGUAAGUUAAAGAAGACUGAUGACAUUUGGGGCCCAGGCUCUUUUUAAAGUCCAGUCCCAGCAUUCCUCCAUGUGAUUAACAGCCAGGCCUCUGGAUUCCUAGGAAAUGAUCUUCCAGUUGAGCAACCAUUUACUUGAUACAAAGUGUACCGUUCUGUUUUCCUACAGUCAGGUUGGUGGCCUGCAGGGACAUGCACUUUGCCACCCAACCAGAGGAUUCUUACAGAGAUUCCUGAUCACUAGUUUAUUUCAUUAGUAAACUCAGAGAUAGAGAAAGCAGCUGAAAUUUAAGGGAGACAAAACCUGCACUGCACCAAAACUGUGGGACCCUGUGUUUCCUCCAUUGGGUGAUGAUGUCUACAUCACUGCUCUGGCCCAAGUGCGAUGAAAGUGCCUGGUUUUAGCCACAGACAACUGCUUAGAGGUCACCUCGUGACUCUCCUAAGCUGGGACAAGGCUUUAACCAGACAUAAGAGCAGUGUGCAAUUCCUAAUUUGCUGCACAGUAUUAUGUCAUAAUUGCAGGAAGUUUGUAUUUUAAAACUGGAUUUGGGGUACAUUCAUUUGCCCCAGCACUCCUUUCUAAAGGCCAAGAUUUUAUGGAUGCCGUGGUUGUUAACACACUGAUUCUCCUUAAAGUAGCUCACCAAGUGUGAAACCAAAAGUAACCUAGAAAGCAUCCUUGGUCAUCUUUGUUUCCUUCCCCUUUGACCCUGUGAUGUUGAUAUCAAAGUUGCUUUUCCAGCUUUCACUCUAGGAGAUCAGAAUUCCAUUGACUUCUGGGCAGCCAUUGAAUUUAUUUUCCAUGAGAAAAUGACAAAGUUAACCUGUAACUAUAGGAGAUCUACUUCAUCCAGACCUCUUUUCCCCAUCACAUUAACUUUCCUGGAACUUUAUGCUGCACAGGUAGACCUGAGUCUGCCAAGCCUGUUGACAGCUCUUGUGUAUACUGUGUUGAAGCCAGGCAGAAGUGUAAUGGACCCACUUCCUGAAACCUCUCAGCUGGUUAUCUCGUAACAACUGAAAGGUUGUGCCAAACAUUUUAUUGGAAAAGGAAAGCCCAGGUUUGAAUGGGUCUUUCCCCUAGGCCUUAUAGUAUAGAGGCAUUUGUAAUAUGGAAAAAAUAAUCCUUCUCAUUUAAUUAUAUUAAUUACCCUUAAAUGAAUUUUGUGUUCUUGAACCCUCAUUACAAAAAUUUUUGAACUAUAUAAAUAUACCUGUCAUAUUGUUGCUGCAGAUAAAUAAUGAUUGUGGGAUAUCUGGAUCAUUGAGCUUUGUGCUUUCAUUUCUAGAGAUGUUUUCUAUUCCCAUUAGUGAAAUGCUGUUGCCCCAAAGUGAUGGCUGUAGGUGUCUUAGCGGCCACAGGUCAUGUUGGCCGGGUUGAGGAACAGGGAAGUGCCAUUGUGAAAGAUUAAAGAAAGCACUUCCACUUGAGCUCCCUAUGGAGUGAACUUCCCUGUGCCCACUCAGUGAACUAAGUCUGGCCAUCCUUCAGGGAUGUUCCUUUUGGUAAAUAUACACUGUAAUCUUUAAGUCUAAAUUUAUAUGUGAAAGCUACGUUUUUAAAAAUAAGAAUCUAAAUAAAAUUAUUUUCCUAUCA